AUGCAUCAUGGGGCUUUGUGGAGCUACAGGAACAAGGAUCUAGAGGGAUUUAACAUAUGUGAGGAUGUGUUUGAGUGGCUGGAUGCCGUUUACGCUAAGUGGACUUCCAUUCCACUGGUCCGCUUGUAUGAGCUCAUGCACAAGCACUAUCUGAAGUCCCUCCCAACAGAUCUCAUUGUCCCUCCAGCAUUUGACUCAUUUCGUCCAUCCCUCUCCCCUCUUCCCCUCAAUCUUGUGGCCAACUUUGCUCAAACUGACGAGCCAAAAUUAGAUUCUGAUGCCGUCCCUGUGGCAUCAACCUCAACUCCCAGACCCAUCACUGUCACAUCCAUACCCAAUCCCGAAUGCGUCAAAUCAGAAACACCCUCUGCACAUCAACAUUCUGUUGGUUGUGCAGCCUCCAACACCGAUCUGAGUCCCACUGCUGCAUGCUGUGAUGCCAAUGCAUUGCUGGCUGUGGCUCAACCUCACAUAUCUCCCCUUCCUCCCAAGUCGACGCACACGAUGUCAACACAGUCCAACGUGUUGGCACUGGCAUCAACUGAUGCAUCACUGUUGUCCAGCAUGUCCACACUGUCCUCUGAUGUGUCAGCAACAUCGAAACGUCAUUGUCAUUGUCGAGGCCAGAAGAAGCACCGAUCUGAGCAGCAUCAACCUUCUAUUCCCACUUCUGCAAUUCCACAUCCCCCUUCUGCUGCUGUUCAUUCCCUCCUUCCCUCCUCCUCUCAUCUAUUUAAUCACUGGCAAGAACCUGCAGCCUUGUCUUUCCUUCCCACUGCUCACUGCCCAACAUUGCAGUCUACCAAUCAAGAUUCAUUGAGGUUCAACUAA